AUGCCUGGCGAUCAGAUCCGGCUUCUCGCCCUCGACGGCGGUGGCGUACGCGGCCUCUCCUCACUCAUGAUCCUCGACGGACUUAUGGCUACGGUCGAUCCCGAGUCACCGCCUAAACCCUGCGAGUACUUCGAUAUGAUCGGUGGCACCAGCACUGGCGGCCUUAUUGCUGUCAUGCUCGGCCGCCUUCGGAUGACGGUUCACGAAUGCAUCGAGGCCUACACGUCUCUUUCAGACAAGGUGUUCGAAAAGAAGAGCCACCGGGUCAAGAUAAACGGCAAGCUCCAGGGCCGAUUCGAUGCGGCUAAGCUAGAAGAUACCAUUAAGGAGAUCCUCCGUGCUCGUGGUCUGAACGAGGAUGAGCUUUUAAAGGACGUUGCCGCGUCCUGUAAAGUUUUUGUCUGUGCCACGAGCAAACAGACCUCCGACACCGUUUGCCUUGCAAGCUACGCUUCCCCGCGCAGCAAAAACCUCCAGCUUUUAAACUCGGCCACCAUAUGGCAGGCCUGCCGUGCCACGUCUGCUGCCACGGGCUUCUUUGACCCUAUUGCCAUCGGUCCCUUCGACGAGGAAUUCGUUGACGGUGCGCUUGGGGCGAAUAACCCCAUCUAUAUGUUGUGGAACCAGGCCCAGGAUAUAUGGGGCGAUCAGCUACAGAGCAAGCUGCAAUGUGUCGUGUCUAUCGGGACAGGUGUACCCAACGUGACGUCUAUACGCGACGACGUCCUCGGAAUCGGGACCACACUCAUAAAUCUCGCAACAGAGACAGAAAGGACAGCGCAGCAGUUCCACCGUGAUAAGUCGAACCUGGACAACGAGGGACGCUAUUAUCGCUUCAAUGUUGAUCACGGGCUUGAGCAGAUCGGUCUAGAAGAGUCAAAGAAGAAGAAGGAGAUCGCAGCGGCAACAAGGCGUCUAGAAGGGAUGCCCGUAUCAGAUCACUUUGUCGACAGACUAUCCGAUACGGCCGAGCUUGAACAGUGCCUCCUCCCACGACGCUUGCGCUUCCGACAUGAGCAACAGCGCAAGAUCUUUGUCCUCCACGGACUCGGUGGCAUCGGGAAGACACAACUGGCGGCCGACUUUGCUCGACGCCACCGGGCCACAUUCAGCUCGGUCUUCUGGCUAGACGGCAGGUCAGAGGAUCGGCUAAGACAGAGUCUCGCUAGUUGUGCGAACAGGAUCCCUCACGGUCAGAUUCCAGACAGGAGCUGGAAGAGUGUCCCCAGCAGUGAGGACGAUCUAAACGUCGCGGUAACGGAUGUGCUGGGCUGGCUUGCACGGCCAGAUAACGUCGACUGGUUGCUUAUCUUUGACAAUGUUGACCAGGACCACGAACAAGGCGGCACGACUAGUGCAUUUGAUGUUCGACGGUAUCUGCCUAGUGACCACGGCUCGGUACUGAUCACGACAAGACUGUCGCAGCUGGAACAGCUCGGUAAUACGAAGCAUACGAAGCAGUUGAAGAAGGUCGACGAGGAUUUGAGUAAGGCCAUUUUUGAGCAGUGGUACGGAGGGGAACUAGUUCUGGAUACGGCCGGCAGAGAGCUACUCGGGCUACUAGACGGGCUGCCACUUGCGCUCGCGCAGGCUGCCGCGUAUUGCCGCGAGACCGGGCUCGAUGUCACGUCGUACGUUCGGCUCUACAACCAGCAGUGGGACGAUUUAAUAAUGCCCGAUGCCGGGUACAGCUCGCUGUUACUCGAUUACGACCAACGAAGGGUCGGAACGACAUGGACGAUGUCGUUCAAGGCGAUUGAAACGAGAAGCAAAAAGGCCGCAAAUCUGCUCCGCCUCUGGGCCUUUAUCGCUAAUAAAGGCUUGUGGUACGGCUUGUUACAAGCGGCCGUAGUUGACCGAGAGCAGUGGCCUGAAUGGCUUCGUGAGCUCGCCGACAACGAAGCUAGGUUCCUGGACUCGGUGAGGCUACUACUUCGCUACUCGAUGAUCGAGGUCCAGGAAUCCGGACAAGGCAGCUACAAUUUACACCCAGUAGUGCACAGAUGGACGUCGUACAUACAAGACGACUCCGAGAAGAGAGAAUUUCUACGACUGGCGAUAGCUCUACUUGGGUCAUUGGUACCUAUGAAUAAGAGUAUGGACUACUGGGUACUCCAACGUCGGCUUCUCCCGCACGUGGAGAGGGUCUCGCGGUGGAUAGAAGAGAUUUAUAGCCGAGGAUGGAAUUUCGAUGAUAAAAUGGCUAUGGACUCGAUACAUCAUUUAGGAAAACUCUACAGUGAUCAGGACCGGCUGUCGGAGGCCGAGGCUAUGUACCAACGGGCGCUACAGGGCUAUGAGAAGGGGCUCGGGCCGGACAAUCCAUCGACUCUUAGUACGGUCAACAACUUAGGCCUUCUAUACUCGGCUCAGGGCCGGUUACCCGAGGCCGAGGCCAUGUUACAACGGGCGCUACAAGGUUUCGAGAAGGCGUUCGGGCCGGACCACAGGUUGACUCUUACUACGGUUAACAACUUAGGCCUUUUAUACGAGGAACGGGGCCGGUUACCCGAGGUCGAGGUUAUGUUACAAUGGGCGUUACAAGGUUUCGAGAAAACGCUCGGACCGGACCAUCUAUCGUCUCUCGACACAGUUCACAACUUAGGCUUUUUAUACUCGACUCAAGGCCGGUUACUGGAGGCCGAGACCAUGUACCAACGGGCGUUACAAGGUUUCGAGAAGGCGCUCGGGCCAGACAACAGAUCGACCCUUACUACGGUCAACAACUUAGGCCUUCUAUACUCGGCUCAGGGCCGGUUACCCGAGGCCGAGGCCAUGUUACAACGGGCGUUACAAGGCUUCGAGAAAACGCUCGGGCCGGACCAUCCAUGGACUCUCGAAACGGUUCACAAGUUAGACCUUUUAUAUCACGAUUACGGCCCCCACGGGGUUAAAAAGGGGACCUAA